AUGGUCGCAGCCUGCCUGGAAACCAUGCAGACUUCGCAACCUCAUCAGAAACAGAAGGAGUCCCCCUGGGAUUUCAUGGAGACACGGAUCGCCCAAGCAGAGGAGGCCACACAGCGUCUGCGUCGGCAACUGGCCAUCCACCCGCCUGUGCUGGACACAGUCACGGAACAGCUCGGCCUCCUGCGGCGGCACCAGAAGGAGCUGAAGGACUGGACUCUGGAGAGCAUCGCCCAGUCUUUUCUCGACCGCUCCAAUUCCGCUGCUUGGGAGCUUGCGGUGUUGAGGCCGGAGAUGUCUGCCUUGAAAUCCCAGGUAGAGGCCCUGAAAGAGGAGAACGGGCAUUUGACGAGCCAGCUCGGCGACGCCCAGAGGCGUGAAAGUGAGGUGCAGCAGAUGAUCGGCCGUGCAAAGAGCCGGAACGGGCUAUUGCUCUUGGAAGUGGAAGAGAUGAGGCAACAGUUGGAAGCUCAAAAAGGUAUCCAGGAGCUGGCCGAACGACUACGGGAUGAGUUGUGUCGGGCAGAACGUGCUGCCACUGACGCUGAGAUGGAGUGUGAGUCACUGCGGAAGCAGCUGGAAGGAUCCGGACAAAGACAGUCAUCUGAUACGGAUGCAGAUGACAACACAGAGGAGCUGCGUGAGCGUCUAAUGGAGAUGCAAGAGGCACUGAAUGCGGCCAGAGACCGUGCAACUGAUGCCGAAAUGGAGUGCGAAGACCUGCGCAAACAGCUGCAGCUGGGACAAACUGCGCGGGCAUCUGCGGAACGCGAAGGGGAUGACGACUCGCAUCUUUUUGAGAAGUUGGCAGAGUUACAGGAACAACUGGAUGUUGCCAGGGAUCGCGCCACUGACGCUGAGAUGGAGUGUGAGUCACUGCGAAGGCUGCUGGAAGGAUCCGGACAAAGACAGCCAGCUGAUACGGAUGCAGAUGACAACACGGAGGAGCUUCGCGAGCGUCUCAUGGAGAUGCAAGAGGCACUGAAUGCGGCCAGAGACCGCGCAACCGAUGCCGAAAUGGAGUGCGAAGACCUGCGCAAACAGCUACAGCUAGGACAAACUGCCCGGGCAUCUGCGGAACGCGAAGGGGAUGACGACUCGCACCUUUUUGAGAAGUUGGCAGAGAUACAGGAACGACUGGAUGUUGCUAGGGAUCGCGCCACUGACGCUGAGAUGGAGUGUGAGUCACUGCGGAAGCAGCUGGAAGGAUCCGGACAAAGACAGCCAGCUGAUACGGAUGCAGAUGACAACACAGAGGAGCUGCGUGAGCGUCUAAUGGAGAUGCAAGAGGCACUGAAUGCGGCCAGAGACCGUGCAACUGAUGCCGAAAUGGAGUGCGAAGACCUGCGCAAACAGCUGCAGCUGGGACAAACUGCGCGGGCAUCUGCGGAACGCGAAGGGGAUGACGACUCGCAUCUUUUUGAGAAGUUGGCAGAGUUACAGGAACAACUGGAUGUUGCCAGGGAUCGCGCCACUGACGCUGAGAUGGAGUGUGAGUCACUCCGAAGGCAGCUGGAAGGAUCCGGACAAAGACAGCCAGCUGAUACGGAUGCAAAUGACAACGCGGAGGAGCUGCGCGAGCGUCUCAUGGAGAUGCAAGAGGCACUGAAUGCAGCCAGAGACCGCGCAACCGAUGCCGAAAUGGAGUGCGAAGACCUGCGCAAACAGCUACAGCUAGGACAAACUGCCCGGGCAUCUGCGGAACGCGAAGGGGAUGACGACUCGCAACUUUUUGAGAAGUUGGCAGAGUUACAGGAACAACUGGAUGUUGCCAGGGAUCGCGCCACUGACGCUGAGAUGGAGUGUGAGUCACUGCGGAAGCAGCUGGAAGGAUCCGGACAAAGACAGCCAGCUGAUACGGAUGCAGAUGACAACGCAGAGGAGCUGCGUGAGCGUCUAAUGGAGAUGCAAGAGGCACUGAAUGCGGCCAGAGACCGCGCAACCGAUGCCGAAAUGGAGUGUGAGGACCUACAUCGGAAACUCUGCAAUUCAGCUGUGCAGCAGCUCAACGAUAAAAUGGUUCUGCAAGAUGGCAAGACGCAGCGGGAGCUGGAGCUUGAGAAGCAGAUUGCAGAUUUGAUGGGCGAUUUGCGUAAGUCCUAG